CCCCAAAAAAACUGGAUGAAAUAACCAAUGGCUCCGGGAAGACAUGAACGACAUGAGAUGACCGUUACUCAAUAGACACAGGUGGAACCUGUUUCACAAGGGCAGCAUCCAAACCGAAUGACGAAAGGUAAAGUAUAUAUAAAGAAGACAGUUGUCCUCUAGACUCUUGUUCUUCUUCUGCACGCAUCAAGCAAUAUAGCUAAAAAUGAAUCGUUGCUCCUUGAUCAUCGCUACCCUCUCUGUUCUAACGUGCCUCGUCUACGGUCAAUUACCUGAAAAAUGGAACAACGAUGGCUAUCGUCCUUAUUUUGUGCUCUCACCUUCGGCAAAGAACGAUUCAGUUGAAUCGCGUACUGCAGCACAAAAGACCAAAGGCAAACAGUUUCCGAUACGUAACGUGUUUAAUCGAGGAAUUGUGCCCAGAUUGGAGUACCUCGAAGGGGCUGUCGCGAAUAUCAACAAAGAAUUUAAAACACAAACUACCAAAGAUUUAUCGGAAGCCAAUUCAAAAAUAACGGAUUUAACCCAAAAAUUAGAAAGUGCGACACAAACUUUGGAACAAACUGCAAACGAAUUGGUAGAAACAAAGUCAACGUUAGAAAUGGUGAAAGCCGAUUUAGAAAGCACUAGAAACGAUUUGAUUGAUGUCAAGCAGAGUUUUGCACAGAUGAGGACCGAUUUGAUGAAACAAAUUGAAGGAAAUCGCGAAAUGUUGGAAGUAACCACACACGAUUUGGGCAACACCAAGACGAAAGUUGACGGUUUAAGUGCAAAAUUGGACGCAGGGACUAGCAAAGGUCUGGCGGCAACAGAAAAAGAUUUAAAUGACACUAAAAACGAAUUCCAGGGCAUGAAUAGAAAUUUACAAGCUACGACGAUGGCGGAAGUGAAGGCAAACGUCGGUGAUCUGACGAAGAAAUUGAGCGAAACGGCAAGAAACGUAACAGUUACCAACGCCCUGAUUGGAGAUCUCAGUUCGCUGGUGCUUGGAGUUACCCGGAAUUUGGAAGCAACUGCAAAAGAUUUGACUGGCACCAAGGCCACAAUCAACACUAUGAGCGUGACUCUUAAAAAUGCAACGCGAACGUUGGAAGAGACUCAAAUGGACCUGAAAGAUACAAAGACCAGAAUGGGAAAUUUAACUUCAAAAUUAGAUGAUGCCACCAAAAUCCUAGUGACCACUGCAAGCGAUUUAACAAACACCAAGAUGAAACUCCACGACACUAGUGUUGAAUUGAAAGGUACGAUCAAUGCGUUGUCGGGCACUGCCAAAGAACUGGAAGACACAAAAUUAAAAAUCGGGAAUUUGACUAUGAAAGUGGACGGUACUGCUUACCUUUUUGCAGCCCAUACGAAAGGUUUGGCGGACGCAAAGACGCAAAUCCAAGCCAUCAAAACGGACUUGCAAGUUACAUCUAAAAGAUCGAGCGAAACAGCAAUAGAAAUCAGGGAACUGUUAAGACAAAUGAGCGAAACGGCGAGAAAUUUAACCAACACGAAUAUGAAAGUUGACAAUAUUGGCCUGAUAAUAUUCGGUGCUACCCAAACUUUGGCGAAAACUAACAAAGAUUUGACGGAGACCAAGACUAAAGUGGACGCUAUCGACAUGGAUCUCAAAAAUGCAACCCAAGGAUUUGAAAGGACUAGAAAUAAUGGCAAGAAUUUCGAAGCAGAGGCCAUCGAGAACAUCAAACAGAAGCUGGAAGAAGUAGUGAAACGGGAGAGAGAAACAAAGUCUAAACUGGAAGGCCUUAGAACACAUCUGAAUGCCACGAUGAAAGAUUUGACGGACACCAAAACUGAAGUUCAAGCUAUCAAAACAGAUUUACGUGUAACAUCGCAAAGCUCAACGGAAGCCGAAAUGAGGAUGGACAGUUUGGUAUCAAAAUUAGACGCGGAAACAAUGGACAUUUCCAUCGAUCGAAUCCCGACAUCCUGCAAGGAUCUACAUCAAAUUGGGCACAGGAAGAGCGGACUCUACUCUGUGAUGGGAACAAAUCAAGUGGAGACUGUGUACUGCAAUUUCGCUAAAGAUCCUGAAGGAGCGGCAGAAUUCCAGAAAUGGAUUGGCUACGAAGACGUCCAGUCGGUGCCCACUUACUUUUACGUAAAAAAGACGCAGAUUUCUCAGCCAUGGAUAUUCCAAUUCCGUACGAGAUUGAAGUGGUGAACACGGGAAACGCUAUGCACAAAUCAACUGGGAUAUUCACAGCGCCCAGGAAUGGCACUUACUUCUUCUCCUUCAACGGGUUGGCCAUCUUCCCACCGUUGGCGUCCAAAUUGGGAGCAAGUCUGUACUUUAACGGUACUCCGAUCGGGAUGAGUUUUACUCGAGAUGCAAGUCCGUCCGAAGAUCAAAUCAUUCCCGUUACGCUACAAUCAACACUGAAACUAAAAGCAGGAGAUAAAAUCUGGGUUCAGAUUACGUACCUUUCCAAAGGCGUGGCAUUGUUUGACGACUCGGAUAAUCAAACUCAUUUCACUGGUUUCCUGUUACAAGAAGACAUUUCUUCAUUAUGACGCAUUAAAAACGUAACUUUUAUUUAUUUAUUGGGUAAAUUAUUGAAGUAAAAAUACACCGUAAAGUAAUGUGAAAUAAAAAUACCAUUAUCCGUCCUUGAA